AUGAGUAAAUUAAAAUUAGAAAAUCGACACUCGCUGCCUGACAUCCGUGUUCGGCUUGACACAUCUCGCUACGAAGAUUUUAUCUGGCAGCCGUACACUGAUGAUAUGCUGGACACUAUCCCAGCGUAUUGUUUAGAUGGGCGCGCUUUUUGGCGGGCCACGGUUCCACUUAUUUAUUUUCAUAUUGUGGAGUGGCACCAGGCAGACAGAGUUCUGCAGCAGUUCGGAUUGCAGCAGGGUAUUCCAGACGCCCCACUUCAGGACCACUCACUACACUCCCUUACCCUGAAGAGCAGCUCAUCUUGGAUCCAGACACACUCUCACUACAUUCGUGUGUGGGACGACCGGCUCCGGUUUGUAAUUUCAGGACAGCCCCUCCAGGACCCACCUCAUUAUCAUUCCGAGUAUAUGGAUUGGUUUCGGUAUGUCACGCGUCGCUGGAUCACACGACAGGGCGCUGAGCUCGGAGCACAGGCCGAUUUUGUGGAGCGUGUACGUAGGGAUGCUCCUGUUGACACUGAGCUUCGGCGGUUCGCAGCCAGCACACAGAGAGGCACUAGAGAGAACCGCCGUGAUGUUACAUCGCCCCCUAUCGAGCCUUCUAUACCGCCGCAUCGACUACCAGUCAUACCUGACGCGCCGAUAGAUCCGACUACACUGCGACAUCGACGGCGACAGCGGCGUCACCCCCCUGCACCACCUCAGCGUCCGACUGAUCCUAUGCCUCCCCCAGUGGUUUUUCAUCCUUUCAGAGGGCAUUACUAUUACGCGGGGUCCAGCUCUGCACCGCCACCCUUUUCAUCGGGUCCUCCUUCUUCUUCUGGCCAGUUUUACGGGGAUUCGGCACAUCACUAUUUUCAGGGGUCGUGUUCAUAUCCAGUGCCACCAGGACCUUCUUCGCCUUUUGUUCCUCCGCCGCCUGCUUAUGUACCACCUACGGUGCCUCCUUUUCAGGUGCAGUGGGAUCAGCCUACACAGGGUACACAUGACUUUCCAGCUUCACAGGGACUUCCACAGACACCUGGGACUACAGACUUUCUGUCAUAUGGUAGCAGUUGGUUAGGUCUAGACAGCAUGGAGGCGAUGAUGUUCCGCCAACAAGAAGAAUUUGUUACCCCGCCACCAGCAACGACGAGUACGGCCAUUCCCUAGGACCAGCAGGGUGACGACGGAGCCGACGACGAGGACGCCGAUGCAGGAGAGGGUGAUGGUGAUGGUCGCCCAGGUCGACGUUACCUCACCAUCAGUACAGGCCGUCGGGCAAACCGUAACAGAAACAACUUGCGCUCGAACCUCCCGGUCACUAGUAGAUAUGACGAUAGGACU